AUUGAAGCACCAGCGUCACACUAUGAUGAGCGUCUCGGGAUUGGCUCUUGCCUCGAUGACCCUCGGGGUCGUGGCUCUCCGCCCCACCAGCAAGCACGGACGCAUGUAACGUUCUGCGCCAGAGCACUUCGCGUGUUGCACGAUCAUUGGAUAUAGGUAUUAUGCAAGACCACCCGCGGCAGCUACCGUGGACGCGGCGCACCUCAGCGUGAUAGUAUCAAGAAAAAUAGCUGCAUGUUCUGCAUCAUCUUAGGCUAACGCAGACAUGACCGAGGCAGGUGUGGAAAAUUGGGAGACCAAAUAUCGGGUUUUAACUCCGGUGACACUUGACAGCAAGAAUGAGGAGUACACACGAUUCGACAAGUACAAGUCCAAAUAUAUGGGGCGAUAUAAUAGCGUGGACCAAUCCAAGACAGACAUGAGUUACGCUGAAUUUGGGGCAUUGGUGACAGCACAAGAAUACUCUUUCAAGAACGGCGACAUCUUGACUGGCACGGUUGUGCAAUAUGAUGGUCCACAGAAGGCCAUGGUGGAGGUCGGUGCGAAGACAGCGGCCGUAUUGCCGCUGCGUGAGGCAACGAUUGCACCAUUGGGCGAUGGCGAAACGAUCGCAACCUUUGUAGAUGUUGGUGAACAGUAUGAGUUUCAGAUCGUAUCGGAUUCCCGUGAUGACGGGCAAGUGACCGUUUCUAUCAAGAAGAUCAUGUAUGCCAAGGCAUGGGAAACACUCUCAGAGUGGUAUGCAGAAGACCCUGUCUUUGAGGCAGAGAUCGUCCAGGUGAAUCGCGGAGGGGCAAUUGUUCUUGUCGAGGGGCUUCGCGCCUUUCUUCCUGGCUCCCACAUCAUGGGCAGUGGUGGUGCCUCCGAGGCUAUGAUUGGUAAAAAGAUCCCACUAAAGUUCCUCGAAGUGAACCAGGAAGCCAACAAGCUUGUCGUCAGUAAUCGCCGUGCAGUAAUUGAACACUCGAUGGCCUCGAUCAAGCGCGGAGACGUGUACGAUGGUACUGUAACUGCCGUUAAACCGUACGGCGCCUUCGUCGAAAUCAUGGGGAUGUCCGGCCUUCUCCACAUCUCGCAGAUCUCAUACGAUCGCGUCGAAGACCUGGAUGCAACGCUUGCAUGUGGCAUGGCCAUUAAGUGCAUGGUCAUAGACCAUGACAAGGCAGCAGGUCGUAUUGCGCUCUCAACCAAGACCCUUGAACCUGAACCCGGAGAUAUGCUUCGUGACCCGAAUCGCGUAUUUUCUCUCGCAGAGGAGACAGCCGCAAAAUAUCACGCUCGAGUCGAAGCCGAGAAAAUUGCUCGUGAGCAGGCUGCGAAGGAGAUGGUUCUUGGUCUUGGUGACUCACUUGACUCUCUCGAAAGUGUUCUUGACCCUUCGGAUUCGCAGCUCGGCCCUGGUUCCGAGUAGGGGCAAUCAUAUGCGAUGUGACCACCCGAAGGCCAGCCGCUUCUUUAGGACGCAUGUUCGGAAAGCCAAGGCGCCGGUGUACAAGUAGCGCACCUAAGUAGCACCCAGGGCCCAGGGAGGCGACUUGGGCACAAGUAACGCUAAAGACGUGCUACUCCCCCCCUCCUCCUCCACACGGCCCUAAGUUGUUCAAAAU